AUGACAUCCAUUCUCUCUAUCUCAUCUGUUCUGUUGGUUCUAGAGCUCUGCUCAGGUGAGUGGUGCUACCGGAGCCAGUUUUCCUGUCAAGACACAUGUAGAGAGCCUUCAGAGUGGAAGAAUAAUUUUCCUAAUUGUGGAGGUCAGAGACAAUCGCCUAUCAAUAUCAUCACACGCAAAGUGAAGCAUGAUCCAAAACUGACCAGUUUUAUCUUUGAUGGGCAUGAGAACGUUUUCAAUAUGAGUGUGAAAAACCAUGGACAUUCAGCUCACUUCACCCUCCCUCAGUCUGUGCGUCUCCGUGGAGGGGGUCUGCCAGCCACAUACAAAGCCGUCCAGUUCCACCUGCACUGGGGAGAGAACGGCGGCCAGGGCUCAGAGCACUCUGUGGACGGGGAGUGUUAUCCCAUGGAGCUCCAUAUUGUUCACAUUAAAGAAAAAUAUGGUAGCUUGGGAGAUGCUCUAAAUGACUCUACAGGGGUGGCAGCACUUGCCUUCUUUUUUGAGGUGACUUCUGGCCAAAACAAACAGCUGGACAGAGUCAUAGAGGCUUUAGGAAAAGUCCGGUAUGAAGGGAACAGCAGUGAAAUUGAAGACUUUAAACUGACCGACAUCAUCCCACAAGCCAAUAAAUUGAACUACUAUCGGUACUUGGGUUCCUUGACCACACCAGGCUGUGACCAGGCCGUUGUGUGGACGGUUUUCCAACAGACUCUGCCCAUAAGCAAAAAGCAGCUGAUGUCAAUGGAUAAACAGCUGUUAUUCGGAACAGAAAAACCAAUGACUGGAGUAUUCCGUCCUGUGCAGAAUCUGAAUGGACGAGUUGUGUACACAUCUGUGCCAGCUCACAACCUGUGUGUCCUGCCCAAUCUGAUCACCCUGUUUCUGUGCCUCUUUUGUGUUUUUGGACAACAAAGGUGUUUCCAUUAA